AUGGCCAGCACAAAUCCCGCUUCAGGUCAAUCAAGACAACUUCUCACCGACCGGCCUGCGAUUGACUAUUUCGCGAACGCCUUAGACGACUGUAUCGAUGAUAGAGGGACUAAGGCAGAGAAACGCGCCAGGAUUUUCAAACUUGUCGACCAAUACCACAGCUAUGCCUUCGAGCGAUACUCACGUCUAAAAACGAGGACUGACAUUUUGUCUGCGUCCUACGACGACAGCAACGCUUCUGCUGAAGCUAGAGACCUCGCCUUAGAGGCGAGUCGGGAAGCAGAGUCUUGGAAACAGGAAGCACAGGUUUGGAACUUACUCCAAAAUCUCUUACCUGUUCGGUACCCUGCCGUGGAUGUUACUCCCAGUGGUCCUCCGUUUGCUAGCUCAACAAAACCUACACUCUGGCAUAGCUUCGUCAAUGGGAACCCUCUUGCCAUGGAACGGAUGUCUGUCUUGCGAUGGCUUCACACCAUCUCCAGUGAGGGCCCAAGCAUCGAUGAGGUUGUGGAAGAUCUGCAUGCAAAUGCCGACCGAGGAGACAUUAUAGCCCACGGAUGGAUCCACACUAGGUCAACAAUCAAACUUAGAAAAAGUGUGCUCGCCUGGCCACACGUUCUUGACCCUUCCGCCAAGGAUAUUUCUCAGUCACAUGUCAACUCCCUCAAAACCCCUUAA